CUGAUUUUUAAGGAAGUGAGCACUCAUAAGCAGAAGAGUGUUUGUUUCUCUCAGCAGAGGAGAGUGUAUCCAGCAUCAGGCAGCAUGAAAGUCCUCGUCCUGUUUGUGUGCCUGUCAGUGGGCUGCCUUGCUCAGAGACCACGACAAUGCAUGUCCCCACCACUGCUGACUGGAAGCCUCUCUGUGUCGACCCAAAGUGAGAAGCUGACGGCCUAUGCCAAGUACAGCUAUGAUGCACUGGGAAAGCGCAUCCGCCUCCAAGAGUUAGGAUCUUAUGAAAAUCACACCUUCUACAUUGAUGCACUGCUACUCUACAAUCAGGGUGUCAUGUACAAGAUCAACUACAAGAACCACACAUGUUGCAAGAAGCCACUGAGUGUAGACUUCCAUCCGCUGGCGAUACCGCGGGAUGCUUCCCUGCUUGGCCAGGUUAUAUUGGGUGCCUCAUCUGGCCCAGGGCAAGGUGUCCUGGUCAACACCUGGGCAGGAGAGGUCCAGAUGAAGAAGAAAGGAACAGCCAAAUACAUGAGCACUGUCACUGAGUUUGGAUGUGUUCCUGUCAGCACUCUGCUUCACACCAACAAAAGUGGAUGGGUCGUGACCAGCUUCUUCAACAACGUAAUCGGACUUGUGGACCCACAACAGCUCAUCCCUCCGCCUUUCUGUAAGGGCGCCCAACUGGAGGAAGCGGAUGGAGAGGAUCCUGUGACCUUUUUCAGCUUGUUUUAGAACAAGCUGUUUUAUAGUGCACUAUGAUGAUGAAUAAUGACUCUUUGCACUUGUAUUACUACUCUCUUAAAGUUCCUGAUUUACCAGCAUUUAUGGGUGAAAUGCAUGCCAUUAUCCAAUCAGUAUCACUUGCUGCAAUGCUUCAAGUUUAUUAUUCUUUCAUUUGUGGGUGGAUGUGUGAAACUAAAUAGAUGGAGUUUCCCUUUACAUUAGGAAACACACUCAAUUUGUUAAAUAUCUUUUAACUCAUUUACAUAAUACCAGUAAUCAUGAUUUUUAAAAAGUGAAUUCUAAGAAAUCCUGUACUGCAGCCACACAGGGUCAUAUUUCCCAGAUGUGGCUGUAAAUUAUAAGUUACACUAUAUGGACUUCUAAAUCACUCAUUAUAUCUCUCUGUUACAGCUGCUGAUGUCCUUAUGUUUGUUUCUGUGUAUGCUAGUUUGCAAUGGAAUUAAAAUUGAAGUUUAAAAUGUU